AAGUCAAAACUACAAUUCUAACAGGGUGGGCUGAUUUUGAAAUUUCCAAAUCGGAUCCUUGAUGAACAAUUUGGUUUUCAAAGCUCAAGCACUACUCACUCAUAACUCAUAAGCCAUUAAUUUCUUCAACCUUCAAUCAUCCCCACUGGGUUAUUCAUCACAUACUGAAGGCUUUGCAAUCGGGAAGGAAGACCAUCAAUGGAGAAGAGGGACAGCUCGAAAAUGAAUAUCGCGAUUAUCCACCCUGAUCUUGGAAUAGGCGGAGCUGAAAGGCUAAUUGUUGAUGCUGCUGUUGAACUUGCAUCCUAUGGACAUAAUGUUCAUGUUUUUACAGCGCACCAUGACAAAAAUCGCUGUUUUGAGGAGACUCUUUCUGGUACAUUUUCUGUAAAUGUAUAUGGAUCAUUCCUACCCCGGCAUAUAUUUUAUAGACUCCAUGCAGUAUGUGCAUAUUUGCGAUGCAUUUUUGUUGCUCUCUCUGUGCUGUUUCUGUGGCCGUCAUUUGACAUUAUACUGGCUGAUCAAGUUUCUGUUGUCAUUCCACUCAUGAAGCUAAAAAAGUCAAUGAAGGUUGUUUUCUACUGCCAUUUUCCAGAUCUCUUACUGGCUCAGCAUACAACCAUUCUUAGAAGAAUGUAUCGGAAGCCUAUAGAUUUUAUAGAAGAAAUGACAACAGGUAUGGCUGAUUUGAUCCUAGUUAAUAGCAAGUUUACUGCAUCUACUUUUGCAAAGACAUUUGAGCAUCUAAAUUCACGUGGAGUUAGACCGGCCGUGCUAUACCCAACAGUAAAUGUUGAUCAGUUCAGCAAACCUAAUGCUACUGCUAAGUUAAAUUUUCUAUCCAUCAACCGCUUCGAAAGGAAAAAGAAUAUAGAAUUGGCAAUCUCUGCAUUUGCCAGGCUCCAUAAUCAUGAAUUGAACAAUUAUCAACAUGCUAACAUGGCUGAUGCUUCAUUGACUAUUGCAGGUGGCUUUGAUAAACGCCUCAGAGAGAAUGUUGAAUACCUGGAAGAGUUGAAACUCUUGGCUGAAAGAGAAGGUGUUUCUGACCGGGUUAGGUUCAUUACAUCUUGCUCUACUGCUGAAAGAAAUGUGCUUCUCGCUGAAUGCCUGUGUGUCCUUUAUACACCUAAGGAUGAGCAUUUCGGGAUUGUCCCUUUGGAAGCAAUGGCAGCAUAUAAACCCGUAAUAGCAUGCAACAGCGGGGGUCCAGUAGAGACAGUAAAGAACGGUGAGACAGGCUUCCUCUGUGAUCCUAGCCCGGAAGAGUUCUGUUCAGCCAUGGCUAAUUUCAUCCGAGAUCCUAAUCUGGCUGAGAUGAUGGGCCAGAAUGCUCGUCAGCAUGUUACUGAGUCGUUCUCAACCAAAAUAUUCGGCCACCAUCUAAACACCUAUCUUGUCGAUGUUGUACGAGGGAAGGAGGACUGAUCUAUCAAAUGUGGCCUUCAGAUUGCGAAAUACAAGAGUAUGAAUGUAAUUGGGAUUCUGAGAUAAAUCACACUUUUAGUUAAGUGAGCUUACUGAAAACCAAGAAUGAAUUAGAUUCUGAAUUGCAAGAUUUGCAACUGUGUUUCAACUUUUGUCUUACAUAGCCGAUAGAGCUUUAGAUUUGUAUAUUCACUAGUUGAAAUUGUGUUUCAGCUAGCCUCUAACCACUCUAAACGCUCUGAUGCAUAUUCACGGAGGUAAUAUCUCAUUUCCAGCUUUUUUCUGUGAA